AUGCUGCUUCCCCAACACACAGCAGCAAAGAAGAUGGCGCCGGCAACAGCACUGUGAUAAAAGGUUUGUUCACAAAUACAUCACAGCAAAUAACCAAUAAUCAGUGAUUGAUUUUGAACUCAGCCAAUAAACCUGAUCUCCCUCUCACAGAUUCACCUUAUCUACAUUUAAAUAUGUUAGUGUGUUAUGUUCCGGGGUUCUCUGGUUCUUUUGGUGGGGUUUUCCUGUACGCCUUUUCCACCUCUUACCACCAGAUGGCGACAGGUUCCGGUUGGAGUGCGGUGGUGUCAUCAUCAUCCUCAGCUGUCAUCCAUUACCCUCAUCAGCGGAGAAUACUUUAGGAGUUGACCGCCAGACCAGCGUCGCCUGAGUGUUUGCCAGUCACGGUGAUCCCUUUGACACUCUGGACCCGCUGACUAGAUCCUGGCAGUUUUCCUGGUUUCAGAACCUCCCUCGUGACGCCGUGGAGAGAACCCACUGGUUGCCCGAGUUCCCAGACUCACCUCUCCGUUGUUUGCAAGUAUCUCCUGGAUCCCACGGCUGGCGGCCGAACCACUCCUCUGUGUCUCCGUUGCACCCGAGCCUACCUGUCCGUUCUUCGCCGCACUCCUCCGUUGUUCCUGGACCCACUAAGAGACCGAGACCCUGGACAUACUCUGUAACCUUCCACGAUUCAAAUCCAACCACCACAAGUAAGAACAACCUGUGUUUUAUCUGAGAUUUCCAUGUUCCCACGACCCCUGAACUCACCAGUCUGCUCUUUCCCCUCGCAGUGAACCACUGCUGCCCGUUACCGUUGAUUCCCUGGACCAGACCACCUUGACACAUUCUGAUAAUUGUGUAAUCUUAAUAAAACUCUUAAACUGAUUCCUACUCCCCUGUCUUGUGUUCUGCAUGUGGGCUAGAAAACUUAAACCCAUCAUGACAUAGUGAUGCUGAGGUUCUUAGUAGGACGGGUUCCGGAGGGAGAGGGGUUCUGUCUAAGGCCCCAUCUUACCUUGGGCCGGCCCUGGAGGAACAGCUGCUGCGAUGCGCAUCUCUGGAAUCUACCUGGAAUCUCCCGGUGGCCCCUGUCAGUCUGCCGAUGCUUUGGGGGCAUUUUGAUUAAUUUCAUUGUGGCAUGUUUGGCUUUUUGCUGUGGUUUUAAUUAUUGCUACAGUUUUUUCUCUGUUUUUUUUGUGAACUCUAACUUUUGCCCUGUAUCCAAAAUACUGUGAAUGAAACACUAGCUGUGCUCUACCUCUGCACCACCACAGCACAGGAUCUGUCCCUGGUGACACUUGAGUCAUGUGCUUUUGAGAGUGCACUCUAAGAAGUGUACUCUAAAAAGUGUAUUUCAAACAAUUAAGUUCAAUGCUAAAUUCGAUGAUGUCAUGACGUCAGAGAUUUUAGAACACUCUCUAAAAAGUGUAUUUUUAGAGUACACUUCUUAGAGUGCACUCCCAAAAGUAGAUGACUCAAACUUCACCAGGGACAGAUCCUGUACCAACCAGGUGCUGCGGUGGUGCAGGGAUAGAGCACAACAUAAGAGACAUAGAGGCCUCAGUCCUCAUUGUGGCUGUCGCAGGUUCAUGAUGACCUUUGCUGCAUGUCUUCCCACAUUCAUUAUCCACUUUCCUGUCUAACUACACAAAGAAAGACUGCCUGAGCCAAAAAACCCUGAUUAAAAAAGAGAUCAAUAUUAGUUUCCUUCUUUAUUUGAAGUAAAAUCUGUCAUUUUAAACCCACUUAAUUCAAUUUUUAAAAAAAAACUUAAUGAAUUGAGUUAGAUGAUAUUAAUAUUUUGAAUUGGAUAAACUUAGUAAAUUGAGUUGGAUAGACACAAUAACUUGAGAUGGUUAAACGUAAUAAAUUAAGUUAGAUAAACUUAAUUGAAUUACUUGUUACUAAUUGAAGCAAUUAAAUUAAGUUGGUUCAACUAAUUUCUUUUUACAGUGUAGCACAGAGAUGUGGACCACUUCACAUAGUUUCUCCAAACCAGGAAACCUACUAGCUUGAAGUAGGUGUUCCUGUUUUUACUUUUUCUCUACAGCCUCCCAAUCAGCCCCCUACACACACAUUUUCCAGGUAUAACGGCCAUCUUGCAUAGAAACUUAGAUCUUAGCAACUUAAGAAUUAGGCAAGAAUCAGUUCAAUUAGCUCCCCCUAUGAUAAGGGUUUCUGUUGGCUCAGGCACUGUGCAUGAGAGUAUGCAUUACAAAUGCAGACUUCUAUUUGUUUUCUUUUCAGGGAUAUUUCGAGGUGUUUGUAAAGACAUUGAUCACUUUCCUGAUGACGCAGACUACGAGCAGGAUGCUGCAGAGUAUUUACUAAGGGCAGUACGAGCCUCCAGCCUCUUCCCAAUACUCAGCGUGGGACUUCUUUUUCUUGGGGGUUUGUGUGUAGCUGCCAGUGAGUUCUACAAGUCUCGCUACAAUGUCAUUCUCACAGCUGGUAUUCUCUUUGUCUCUGCAGGUCUCAGUAACAUCAUUGGCAUCAUUGUGUACAUAUCAGCCAACUCUGGGGACCCCAGUCAGAGCGACAACAAGAAGAGCUACUCCUACGGUUGGUCGUUUUAUUUUGGAGCUCUGUCUUUUGUGCUGGCCGAGAUGGUGGGUGUCCUGGCAGUACACGUGUUUAUAGAAAAGCACAGGCAGCUUCGCACCAAAGGCCGGCCCUCACUCAUGAAGCCUCCAGUCUCCCGAAACUCUUCAUCAUACCGCAACCGAUACUACUACAACCACAGCAGACGCUACAGCUACCGCAGCAAUCACAGCACAGCAGACUCAACCUGCCACGGUUACCAAACAUCACUACUACGUGACCAGGAGCCAAGCAUUUCAGCUGAAUCUAAAGUCACCAUGGUGGCUGGUCUGCCUAUGCCAAUGACGAUGGGCUCAGAGUUUAUGCUGUACGCCUUAGCUUCACCGCUAAAGAAGAAUAAGAUUGACUUGGGGGUGGAGGACUUGACAACUGCAGCCCUUCACAACACAGACAUGCUGCCGGGAAACUGUGUGUCCAAUCGAAGAACCACUCCUGUCUGAGCAACACAGGGUUGAUAAGGGACAAAAGACAGUCAUCUCUUGGACCUCUCGACGCGAGCAGAGUGCAGACUUCUUUGUUGAUCAAAUAUUUAUUUCAGAUGCAGACCAGAUCAUUUUUUCUUUGAUUUAUAACAGUAAAGCAGUCAACAAGAGCACAGUUUAAUAUCCAUUAAACUGCAGUAGCUUGUGCUGUUGCUAAGGUACAGUUGAUACAGCUGACACCAGAAAUUUACAGGCAUUGUGUAGGAGAGCACAGCCAUGUUUUUCACUUUCUGACAUUUAACUGGACAAAAAUAUUCCAGAUUUUGGUUAUUUAGGAUUGCCAAAUCAUUUAUUUUUGCUUAAUAUUAGAAUAAUGAGAUAUUCUUGCUUUCCUUAAAUUCAGAAGUUUUGUCAUUAAGCUAUUUAGAAAAGCCCAGACAUAACUUUAUAAAUUCUUCUAGGUUAAUUCACAACAUCUGAGUUAAAUGAAGAUACAACUAUGAAUAUAUUUUAAGAACAACACUCAAACCCACUGCUUCCUUGUGAGGCACCAUGGGAAAAUAUAAAAAUCAGCAAAGAUAUCAAGAAGAAAGCACAAGUAUGGUUCUUUCUUGGGUACAAUGAAAGUAUUCAAUUCUUUUCUUCAAACACUUACAUGUAAGUGUUAUGGAUAUAUGAUUCUGUGUUUUCCUCUGUCUCUUUUAUCUGCAUACACACACACACAUACACGCAGCCCCCCCCCCCCCCCCCCUCCACCCCCCACACACGAAUGUUUAUGUUUAUGAAAGCUACAAGCUUUCAUAAACAUAACAUAUUAGAAUGGAGAUAGUCACACAUAAACAAAAUCUUAGGGUCCAGAAUGUUAAGAUUAAACAAGAACUCGCGCUACACGUUGCUUUACUUGGAGUCACCCCUAAAGUGAGCUGAGUGGAGCCCAGUGCUGGAUGACAUGUAACAUUUGAUUAUUUUCAGCAUUAAAGCCUCUUUUAUACUUAAACAAAUCUUAUUAUUCCUCAAGACAAUUCUGAAUUGGUAAACAGACCUGAGUGUUGCAAGGAAGGGAUAAGGGGGCAGCAGAAGACAUGUAUAAAUACGACUGUAGUUUUCAAUCAGCAUUCCGUUCAGGGAAGGGGCAAUUUCUGUUGCAGGGAAGAAAAGCAAACCUGUCUGAGCGUAUAAUUGUCUACAUUAACACAAGAACAAGACUAAAAACAGCUUGUAAAAAUGCUGAAGCUGGUUAGAAAGUUUUAUUGUCCAGAGUGAAACAAAUCCUGCACAAACAUGGGCAGAAAGGUCACUCAGAGAAGAAGAAACCAUUGCUCCAAAAGCAACAUACAAAGUCCAGCUGCAUGUGCACUCAGGUACAAAUUCAUUAAUUUUUGGAGACUUGUACUUCAGCCUGGUAAAACUUAUAUUGAAGGGGCAGUAUUAUGUAAAAUAGUGUGUUUUUUACAUCAUGUUAUAAAGUAAUUCCCUCAUAAAAAAUAAAAAAACGUGGUGGUGAAACGUAGUUAUAAUGAUGUUGAAGGCGAAUUGUCGGAAAGAGUAGGAUCUUUUUAAGGAGACAGAGGCCCAAUUUCAAGGCGUUUGAGAAGUCAAAUUUCUUUGGACUGGAGAUGCAACUGUGAAACUGUCUGUAAGAAGGGACAGAGCAGACUGGACUUCUUGAGGAAGCCAAGAACCUUUAAGUUUUGCAGCAAGAUGCUGCAGAUCAACUAUAAGUCUGUUGUUGAGAGCGUCAUCUCUUCAUCCAUCAGCAUCAGCGCCAGGGACCUGAAAAGGCUCAACAGCCUGAUAAAGAAGGCUGGUUCUGCUCUGGGGACGACUGUGGAACCUCUGGAGAUGACGAUGCAAAGAAGGAUUCUUCAUAAAAUCAAGAAAGUUAUGAACAACUCUGACCAUCCUCUUCAUGAGACUGUCUUGGGAAAGCAAAGUAUCUUCAGUCAGAGGCUUCUUCAGAUUCAGUGCAGUACAGACCGCUGCAGAAGAUCUUUUCUGCCAACAGCCAUCGCUAUCUUAAAUGGCUCUUUGAAGAGUCUAAAUUAAUGAGUUACAACAACAUUUAAUUUCCCUUUGGGAUUAAUAAAGCAUUUUUGAAUUUGAA